AUGUGGGUGGCUCUUAAGGGACAUAGAGAAGAGGUUGAGUUACUUGUGACUAAAGGAGCCAGCAAGACACUUACGGAUAGAUUCGGUAUCAACAUCCUUCACUCAGCCUGUCUAGGAGGAGAUGUAGAUGUGGUGAACUAUGUCCUCUCACAUGACAUGGCGGACAUCGAUAGUAGAGCACAGUGCAAAAGAACACCUAUGAUGCUGGCAGCAGAGAACGGACAUAAAGAAGUCGUAGAGUUACUUAUGGGUGAAGGAGCUGACAUGUCACUUGUGGAUAAACAUCAUGAUAACAUCCUUUACUGUGCCUGUAGGAGAGGUCAUGUGGAGGUAGUGCAGUAUAUCCUCUCACAGGGCAAGGUGGGCAUCAGCAGCAGAGGAUCGAAGAAGAAGAGGACACCGGUGAUGAUGGCAGCAGCAAAGGAACAUAAGGACGUGGUGGAGUUUCUGGUGGAGCACGGAUCUGAUUUGUCACUCGUAAAUGCCGGUGGUAGCAGCACACUUCACUUGGCCAGUUGGAGAGGACAUCUGGAGGUGGUCAAAUACAUUGUAUCAAAGUACAAGUUGAACAUCAACAGCAGAGGAUGGAAGAAGAAGACACCGGUGAUUGUGGCAGCAGCAAAGGGACAUAAGGAUGUGGGAGGGCAUCUGGAGGUGGUGAAGUAUAUUGUCUCACAGAACAAGGUGGACAUCAACAGUAGAGGAUCGAAGAAGAAGACACCAGUGAUGGUGGCAGCAGCAAAUGGUCAUAAGAAACUGGUGGAGUUUCUCAUCAGAAAAGGAGCAGAUGCUAUUGGCUUCAAGAGGUGA